GGUGGCCCAUUUGUAAUGGUGCAACAUGCAAGUAGACAAAUUGCUGCUGACAAACAGUACAAGGGUAUCAUUGAUUGUGUAGUCCGUAUCCCAAAGGAGCAAGGAAUGCUGUCCUUUUGGCGUGGAAACUUGGCUAAUGUCAUCAGAUAUUUCCCCACUCAGGCUCUCAAUUUUGCUUUCAAGGAUAAGUAUAAGCAGGUGUUCUUAGGAGGAGUGGACAAGCACACUCAAUUUUGGAGGUAUUUUGCUGGCAAUCUGGCUUCUGGUGGUGCAGCUGGAGCCACUUCUCUCUGCUUUGUCUAUCCUUUGGAUUUUGCAAGAACCCGUUUGGCUGCUGAUGUUGGAAAAGCUGGUGCUGACAGAGAAUUCAGAGGUCUUGGGGAUUGUCUAGUCAAAAUUACCAAGUCUGAUGGUCUGCGUGGCUUAUAUCAAGGAUUCAAUGUGUCUGUUCAGGGCAUCAUCAUCUAUAGAGCUGCCUACUUCGGAAUCUAUGAUACUGCAAAAGGCAUGCUUCCGGAUCCCAGAAACACUCAUAUUGUGAUAAGCUGGAUGAUUGCACAAACAGUGACUUCUGUGGCAGGUGUUGUCUCUUAUCCUUUUGAUACAGUGCGGCGCCGAAUGAUGAUGCAGUCAGGACGUAAAACAGCUGAUAUAAUGUACUCUGGAACAAUUGAUUGUUGGAGGAAGAUUGCAAGGGAUGAGGGAGGAAAAGCUUUUUUCAAAGGUGCAUGGUCCAAUGUUCUCCGAGGCAUGGGUGGUGCUUUUGUGCUUGUGCUGUAUGAUGAAUUCAAGAAAGUAAUUUAAAAACAGCCUGACUAGAAUUGGAAAUCAAGUUGAGCAUAUCAUGUAGAAUAACUUUGCUAUUAUGGACCAUUGACCUUCAAGAAAUUCCUGUGUUGUAUUAUUUAUCGGGGCCAGAUCAUGUUGGUAGAUGGGAGACUAGAAACUUAAGGAAACUGAUCUAUUUCAAGAUUGACUUUAUGACAGACACUGAAAUUGACAGUUCAGCAUUCUGAAUUGUCUAUAUUAGUGUUGGGAUAUCAAUGGCAGUAGGGCCAGGUCCAAAAUGGUUGAUUCACAAGCAGUUUGGACAAAUCAAGUUUUCUAUAUCUGCCCUCAGAUCAGUCUGUAGUUUCACAUCUUAUCUUAUAGGACCAUAAAAUUGUUUAUUUAACAGCUCAUGUCUAUUCCACUUGUAUUUAAGCACUCUGUACCAUUUUGCACAACUGAACAUCUAGCAAUUAUGUUUUUUAAAUUGGGGCAUUCUGCUGUAAAACAAUAAACAUACUUACUGUGUUGAAACUAA